AGUUUACGGUUUCCACGGUAACGCUGGGACCACAACACAAAACCUCCGAGGGAGCUGAACGGGCUGGAAGCGGGUGGCGGAGUCGGAGCUGAACCAUGGGCCGGAUUACUGAAGAUCUUAUUAGGCGAAAUGCAGAACAUAAUGACUCUGAAAUUUUUUCCUUGGAGGAACUCUCCUUGCACCAACAAGAAAUCGAAAGACUAGAAAAUGUUGACAAAUGGUGUCAGGAUUUAAAAAUUCUCUACCUUCAAAAUAAUCUCAUUGCAAAAAUUGAAAAUAUUAGCAGACUAAAGAAAUUGCAGUAUCUGAAUUUAGCUUUGAACAACAUUGAAAAAAUUGAAAAUUUGGAAGGAUGUGAAGGAUUGGAAAAACUUGAUCUGACAGUAAAUUUUGUUGGAGCAUUGAGCAGCAUUAAAAUUCUUCGACAUAAUAUAAAUCUUAAAGAAAUUUUUCUUAUGGGUAAUCCAUGUGCAGACUUUGAAGGAUACCGAGAGUUUGUGGUUGCUACUCUUCCACAACUGCAACGUUUGGAUGGCAAAGAAAUAGAGCGAUCAGAGAGAAUUAAGGCAUUGCAGAACUACCCAGUAAUUGAAGAGAAAAUCAGAGAACAGGAAACGGCUUAUUGCCUCAAAAGAUCCAAAGAGAAAGAAGAGGCUGAGAGAAAACUUCAAGAAGAGGAAAAGAAAGAAAAAUGGAAGGAAAACAAAAGUAAUCCAGGCUUCGAUGGACGUUGGUACACAGACAUCAACAACACUAUUCCAUAUUCUGUACUUCAGAGGAAUGAAAAAGAACUUCCAGAAAUAGAAGAAAACAAAGUUAAUAAAAAGACACCAGAUGAAUUGGAGAAGGAAUUCUGGGAGAAGCCCACAUUGUUUAGCCCUGAGUCUAGACUAGAAACUCAUCGAUACUUGGAAAAACAAAGGAAAGAUAAAGAAAAAUCAAGUGACAAAACGAAGAAAGAAAAACCCCCUAGGACUUUGAUCACUGCAGAUGGACGAGUCUUGAAUAUUAAUGAACCCAAGCUUGAUUUUUCUUUGAAAGAUGAUGAAGAAAAUAAUCAAAUUGUCCUGGAUCUUGCUGUAUAUAGGUUCAUGGAUACUUCUCUAAUGGAUGUUAAUGUGCAGCCAACUUCUGUCCGAGUAAUGGUCAAGGGGAAGCCAUUUCAAGUUGUACUUCCUGCUGAAGUGAAACCAGAUAGUAGUUCUGCCAAAAGAUCUCAGACAACUGGACACCUGGUGGUCACCAUGCCAAAGGUAGGAGAAGUAAUUGUGGCUAACAGAAAAGCACGUACACCUGAGAAAAAUAAUGAAAAAAACAAAUUGCAACAAAAGAAAAGAAGCAAACAAAUUGAGAAACUAGAAGUAGAUCCUAGCAAGUAUUCAUUUCCUGAUGUGACCAAUAUAGUCCAAGAGAAAAAAACUGCUUCCAGAAAAAUCAAAGCUAAAUCUCCGGUUGUACCCUGUGCUGAAGAUUCCGACUUUGAAGAUAACCCUGAAGUUCCACCUUUGAUUUAAAACCUUCAAAAAUUAUUUUACUUGAUUAUAUGAUCUGCAUGAUCUUUUAAGUCUAGAAAAUGUCAUCAUAUUAAGUUAAAAUUGCAUUGUAAUUUAUAGCAAAAUAAUUUCUAUUAUAUUUUUAUCUACUUUGAAUAAUAUUCUUUUAAGAAUAACACAUAUCUUGUUUCUGAUAUUGAUUCUGUUGUAACACAUCAGAAAUUAUUUGUUUUAUCAAUAUUUAAUAAUAUUUUUCUACUGAGUUUUUCGUAUCAAUCACAUAAAUAUUGUAAGAACAUAUGAAAGCAAAUGGUCAGUAGAUUAAGGUAAACAGUCAUUUGAAUGGGAAAAUAGUCAUUAAUUUAUCUUUAUGUGGAGCCAUUAUUCUACAGUUAAAUGUUAAAUAGGUAUCUGUUUUCUGUAUGUUUAUUUAUUUUUUCUAAUUGUGAACCUGUAUUCUAAUCUCUUAGGGUUAGAGAUGUAAGAAGUAGGAACAUAGCAAUAUGAUCCCAAAGUAGAACAGACUUGUGUGUCAAAAAAAAAAAAAAAAA